UUAGAAUGUGUAAGCAACAAAUCCGUCGAUCUCCUGUUGAUAUUGGAUGGAUCUGGAUCUAUCGGUGAUGAUACGUUUCGAAAUCAGAUUGCUUUCGCUAUGCACUUGGCCCAACGUAUGAACAUAUCCAGUGAAGGUAGUCGAAUGGCUAUCAUUCAAUAUGCUGAAACUCCACGAUUAGAGUUCAGUCUCAAUCAAUACACCCAUCCAACACAGUUGGAAUGGGCAAUUCAACGGAUCAACUUUCUAUCCGGAGCCACUAACACAGGACAGGCGCUCAAGUUGGCAUUGGAUCGAGGAUUCGAUGGCGCCCGAGGUGGAGACAUACCGAAAGUGGCCGUAGUGGUUACCGAUGGACAAAGUCAAGAUGAAGUCUCUGAACAGGCUCAGCUACUACGAGACGCUCACAUCAUGGUGUAUGCAAUAGGAGUCACCAACCUUGUAAAUGUCCAUCAGCUCCACCAGGUAAGUUUUGCAACAAUUUUUUUCACAGUGGAAUCGUUUGAUCAACUCGAUAAAUCACUUGCCGACUCGCUUACCUGGGACAUGUGCAAGACCGAGUUCAGACCCGGUACGCCUGACAUAAUCUGUGGUCCUGACCGUGUCGGAGUUCGGGCGUCCACCAAGAAACCUUUCGACGGCUACGUUUUCGUCAUGGACCACUUCCAUCAGGAGGAAUGUCGUGCCGGACCCGAGAAAUUCGCUGAUCCGAGGAGCAUCGGCAUCACCGUACCGUUCAACGCUUGCAAUGUUCAUAGAUAUCGAUCAUUAAAUCCACGAGGAAUCUUCGUUGAAAUGACUGUCGUCUUCAUGUUCCAUACGCUCUUCAUGACGAAAGUCGACCAAAUGGUGAAAAUUCAAUGCUUUUAUAUGGAGGCUGACAAGAAAGUCACUGUACCACUAUCAGUCAGCAUGAUUACUACCCAAUUCCGCGAGAAAGUCUAUCAAAUGCCACAGUGCUCUUAUACGCUUAGAAAGGGCAGCCCAGAUGGAGAAAUUGUCCGCUUCGCUACACUUGGAGAAAGCGUUUAUCAUCGUUGGGAAUGCAUUGAAAUUGAGAAGAAGGACACAUUUGGAAUGUUGGUCCAUUCUUGUUAUGUGGAUAAUGGAUUUGGUGAUCGAGUCGAUAUACUUGGAGAAAGAGGAUGUGGUCUCGAUGCUGUCCUGUUGUCAACUCCCGAGUAUGACAGUUCGCUCCGUCUAGCGACUAAGGCCUACCAUGUCUUCAAAUAUGCCGAUCGUCCAGUCCUGCAGUUCCAGUGUCAGAUAACACUCUGUCUAAAAUACGACGGUGGUUGUGAAGGCAUUACGCCACCGAAAGACUGUCCUACAUUACCCGGUGAAGAUGGCCAUCACCAUCAUCAUCACGGACGUCGGAGAAAGGUAACCAAAUCAAUUUACUUAUCAUUGAAAUAA